UUGAAAAUUCUUAUUAUUAAUCCUAAACCUAAACCCGGAAUAAAUUACAACAGUAUGCUACCGAAACAAGUCCCAUCCAAAAUAGAAACCGAGUAAUGGAACUGUCAAGUGUUGAAGUGUCAAACUAUUCAAUGUUUGAUUUCAACAUUAUUUUCUUCAUAACCUCUGUUUUUAUUGAAACUGCAAAUAAGUAAAUUAUUAUUUACUAAUUAAGAUAGCUGAUCUAAAACAAACAUAAGUCGAUCUGCGGCGUUUAUGGAUUUCAAACAUUAACCUAUCUAGUGAACAGUUUUACAAAGAUGACUUUACAAAGGGUUUGUUUUCAACUAACAAGACAGUAUGUCUCCAAAUUAUCUCUUCUCCAAUCAAACAAACAAACAUACUGCAAGCUCCACCACAAAUACAGUAGCAGCGCAUCAAGACUAUACACUGACCGUCACGAGUGGAUUGUAGUAGACAAGGAGAUUGGAACCGUUGGUAUUAGCAAGUAUGCACAAGAAUCUCUAGGUGAUGUUGUGUUCGCACAGUUACCUGAACCAAACACAAUGGUCACAGAAGGAGCUGAAUGUGGAGCCCUCGAAAGUGUGAAAGCAGCAAGCGAAAUAUACUCCCCAGUCACUGGGAAGGUUACAGAGAAAAACAAGGAGGUUGAAGCAAAACCAGGUCUAAUCAACACAAACUAUUACGAUAAGGGCUGGUUAUUUAAGGUGCAGUUAACUAAACCAGAUGAGUUAAAAGAAUUAAUGUCUGAGGAACAGUAUCAGACUUUCCUUAAAAGUGAUCAGGAGAAGGCUGAUGUGGAAAAAUGAUUUUUUAUAAUUUAUUGUUGACUUGUUUUAUUAGUUGUUAUGCAUAGAAGAAAAUAAAGUUAUGUUAAAAAGGCAUCUGUUUUU